AUGGAGCAUCCUAGCUUGGCUGAGCAGAGCCCAUCCUGCAUCGUCUCAUCCGCCCUCAGCUUAGCCAACGGUGCACAGACGCCGUGGACCCAUCGGGGCAUGGCGCAACGGUCGCCCGAGGUCGAGGCGUUGACCCCAGUGCGCAAAAGGGGCUUGGCAAUUCGGUCUCCUUCCUUGACAACAACUCCCGAUGUAGGAGGAGGAAGAGAAAACAAUAUUGAAAACCUUACCGGUCAUAUUGUACACCCGGUUACGAGACGACGGCGCCCUGGCAUCGCAGCCCCAGGCCAGGUUGGACAGGGUGCGGUCGGCAUGUAA